AUGUCAUCUUAUCAGAAAUGCGAAGAUUUUUCACCUGAUACCGAUUGUACAAAAUUUAUUCGUUGUUUUCAUAAUUUACGAGUAAAAUUCACAUGUGCCGAUGGAACAGCAUGGGAAAAAGAUUUGAAAACAUGUGUACAUAAAGAAUGGGUUGAAUCUUGUAAUACAAAAGCUAAAAUUGCAAAUGAAGUUGAUUAUACCGAAGAUAAUAGUGAUCUUUUAACUAUUGAAGCUGAUGAAGAUGCACUAUCAAAUUUUACAUUAAGUCGAUCAUUAUCAGAUGCAAGAGCGUCUGGACCCAUAGUAACACCAAAACAAUUUGGUUGUCCAACGUAUUGUUCGAACGGUGCUACAACUAAUAUGUGCUCUCCUAAUCCAUGUUUAAAUGGAGGUGUAUGCAUAAAUGUCAAUCCCGGAUUUCGAUGUCAAUGUCCAACUUCUUUUACCGGCAAUCGUUGUGAAGCACCAGUUGUUACACAACCACCAGCGUGCUCCAGAAAUCCGUGUCUGAAUGGUGGCGCAUGUCAAAACUCUGGUACGACGUUUAUUUGUCGAUGUCCAGCAGGUUAUACUGGUGUCACAUGUCAAGUACGUCCUGAUCCCUGUGCCUCACAACCUUGUAGGAAUGGUGGCCGAUGUUUGACAAAUGGAAAUGGCUUUUUAUGUCAAUGUCCAUCGGGUUAUUAUGGAGUCUGCUGUGAGUUUCGUAGUUUUUGUCAACCGAAUCCGUGUAACAAUGGCGGAGUUUGUACUCAAACAAGCACAGGUUAUGUGUGCGCUUGUCAAACACCGUUCACGGGCAGUAAUUGUCAAACGGGUAAACCCACAUGUGUAUCAACUUGUCCAUCUACUGUUGUUGUCUACAAUCCUUGUUUGCCAAAUCCAUGCCAGAAUCAAGGUGGAUGUGCUGUACAAUCAAAUGCUGUUCACUGUUGGUGUCCCGAUGCUUAUUAUGGUUUUUACUGUCAAUAUGCUCGUAGUAGAUUAUUAAAAAGUUCUGGACAGUGUGACAUCAAAUGCUUGAACGGAGGAAAAUGUUAUAUUGACGAAAAGAAAGGACCAGCUUGUAGCUGCUCUAAAGAAUUCUAUGGGGAAAAAUGUGAAUUCGUCGAGAGAUCGGCCAACUACAAAUAUUGUCCAUUAGAUUGUCAAAAUGGUGGUACAUGUGUUUACAUUGGAACAACACCAUCAUGUCGAUGUCCAACAGGAAGAAAAGGUCGUCUAUGUCAAACACGUACAUCAGCAAAAAUUACAGCACUCGAGUCAGAUAUGGAAGAUGUUGCGGAUGUGCCAAUAGAAUCUGACUCUCAGACAGAGGAUUUAACCAUAUAA